UGCGCCUUGCCGGAUUCCGGCCUGGGUCCCGCCCCCGGCGGAGGGCCCUUCUGGGCCGGCAAAACUGCAAUUCCCGGCAUGCGCUGCCACGGGUGCGCCUGCGUACAGGAGCUACUGCGCCGGAGCGGGUUGGUUUAAAGCGCUGUUAGUUCCAUGGAAACCCGCCUACCUGCCGCGGGACGGAGCUACGGGCGGAGGGAUGGACUUUGGGUUUUCCCACUUCUUUAGUUCCUGCCUUGAGUGAUGGAGAUGACCUUCAGUGCCUGGGACCUGAGGUAGUCAUCACUUCCACUGCCUAGGAGGUGCAACUGUCCAGGCAGGUCCUGUCUCCAACCCACAUCAAUGCUACAGCUUCUGAAACAUUCACGGUACUUCAGCAAAGGAUGAGAAUAGUUGAGGAACAGACCAGUUCUCUGAGGGAUGACCUAAUAAUGUUGGACUUUGGUGAAAAAAGAGGCCAGCUGGAAGCUCCAGAAUGUUUAGGAGAGGCCGUGAGCCAGAACAUCAUUAGUCCUAUCCAGAAUGAAGUCAUGUGUUCAGGAAAAACAGAUAUUCUAUGGAAGAACUGUGAGUUUCUGGUAAAUCGAAUGUGCCGUCUGGAAAGCCUCAUCCAGUCCUUGAAGAUGAACAUCUUUCGUCUGCAAACUGAAAAGGAUUUGAAUCCACAGAAAACAGCUUUUGUGAAGGAUCAACUGAAUGCAAUACAGGAGGAGCAUACCAAGGACCUGAAGCUGUUGCAUCUUGAAGUGAUGCAUUUGCGCCAGCAACUACGAGAUGUAAAAGAGGAAGAAGACAAGGCACAAGAAGAAGUGCAAAGGUUGACUGCCACCCUGGAGAUUGCCUCAGAGACCGAGAAGAAUGCAGCCAUUAUUGAAGAGGAACUGAAGACCACAAAACGUAAAAUGAACUUGAGAAUUCAGGAGCUAAGGAGACAGCUGUCUCAGGAGAAGAGCCUACGGGACUCUCUUGAGGAAUCCUCAUCAGCCAUGCUAUGCAAAAUAAAAGAAAUGGAAUCAACAGUGGAGGUGGAACGGAAACAGGUGCAUAUUCUGCAGCAAAACUGCAUUGCCCUCCGCACUUCUAUACAGACCACCCAAGAACUACUGGCGCAGGAGCAGCAGCAAAAAGGAGAGUUGGAGACUUGUAUCUCACAGCUCAAGUCUGAUCUAAUUUCUAGAGAUGACCUCAUUUCCAAGUUGGCUGAAGAAAAUAAGAAUAUGCAGAUGUCUUUCAACAAGCAACAGGAAGAAAAUGCAUAUUUGAGGACUGAAAUAAUAUCCCUUCAUGAAACAUCAGAAAAAGCACAGGUUUCGAAUGAUGCACUGACUAGGAAGUGUUCAGAGCUGAACAGCAUGCUUGAGACUGUUAGCAUGGAAAAUGCCAGAAUUAUUGCUGACCAUCAAGCCAUUCUGCAGGUAGAGCAGAAAAUGAUGACACAGACAUUUCAAGAACAAAACUUCUUGCUGGAUGCAGCCCAUGCCAGCAUCGCUACUGAGUUACAGAGUGUUCAGAAUCAGAAAGCCCAACUCCAGGCACAUCUGGACCAUUUAAUCCUUGAGCAUAAUCAGUGUGUCCAGAAAGCACAGGAUGCUGAGAAGAGGGCAGCCUUGCAGAAAGAGCUGCUGGAAUCAACUAUUGGAAGAUUGCGAGGUGAACUGGAAGCAUCAGUGCAAGAGAAGAAGUCUCUGCUAGAGGAGAAGGAAAGACUUCAGGAAGAGGUUAAUAAAACAGAGAAAGAAAUAGCUCAAGAAAAAUGCAGUCUGGAAAAAGAAUUAGCUAAAAACAAGGUAGACAUAAAUACAUUAACCUACAACCUGCAGACUCUAGAGGAAAAGAAUAAGAACCUGUCAGAACAAAUGGCUUCCCUAGAACUUCAGCAAGUCACUUCUGAUUACAAUGAGCUUGCUCAGCAGCAGGUGGAAAAGGUCCUGGGAAGAAUUACUGAGAGUAAAAAUAAACUGGCCUAUGAAAAGGGAAAACUCCAGAUAAAAGUUAAACAGCUAGAAGAACAACUACAUUCUUUUACUGAAACCAGUUCACAGAAUGACCAUCUGCGCAAGUUGAACAAGGCUCUAGAGGUCAAUUACGCUCAGGUGAAAUCCAUUCUUGAAAAGAAUGAAGAGGAGCUCUCCAGAGCAGUAAAGUGUCGUGAUGCAGCCCUGAAAGAGAGUCAGAAGUUGAAAGGGGACCUCGAGGCUUUGGAGGACAGAGAGAACAGGAAGGUGGGAAACUUUCAGAGACAACUAGCAGAGGCUAAAGAAGACAACUGCAAAGUUACAGUUAUGUUGGAGAAUGUGCUGGCUUCCCACAGUAAGAUGCAAGGUGCUCUGGAAAAAGUACAAAUGGAGCUUGGGCGGAGGGAUUCAGAGAUUGCAGGCCUCAAGAAAGAAAGGGCUCUAAACCAGCAGAGGGUGCAGAAGCUGGAGGCAGAAGUGGACCAGUGGCAGGCCAGAAUGCUUGUUGUGGACGCCCAGCACAACAGCGAGAUGGAGCCCCUACAGAAAGCUCUAGAUGUAGCUAGAGAAGACAACAGGAAACUGGCUUUGAGCCUCGAGCAGGCUCUCCAGACAAAUAAUCAUCUACAAACAAAGCUUGAUCAUGUUCAGGAGAAAUUGGAAAACAAAGAACUUGAGCGACAGAAUUUGGAAACCUUCAAAGAACGUAUGACUGAGGAAUCCAAAAUGGAAGCAGAAAUGCAUGCUGAACGCAUAGAAGCCCUAAGAAAGCAAUUUCAAACAGAGAGAGAAACAGCCAAGAAGGCAGCGCAACGGGAAAUGACUGAGCUGAAGAAAGCCCUGGAUGAAGCCAACUUCAGGUCAGUGGAAGUCAGUCGGACCAACCGGGAGCUGCGGCAGAAACUCACAGAGCUGGAGAAGACCCUGAACACUAGCAAGGAGAAAAUAAAGAAUCAGAAGGCCCAAAUUAAGCUCCACUUGUCGACUAAGGCGAAGAACACUCAGAAUGUAGAGAGGAUGAAGCAAAUAGAAACAGAAUUGAGGCAAAUGGAGCUAAUUAAGGAUCAGUAUCAGAAAAAAAAUUAUGAACAGUCACUGAGUAUCCAGAAAUUUGUAUCUGAAAUGACUAACCUACAGAAAGAGAUGCAGCUGUUGGCCACGAGCCAGUAUGAGACCUCAGCGCGGAACAAACAGCAGGAGCUGCGGCUGGAGGCAGAGCGGAAAAUACGGCAGGAGCUGGAGGCCCGGUGCCAGGAAUUGGAAGAAACGAUCAGACACUUAAAGAAAUGCAAAGAGGCAACAGAGCAUAAACUGAAAGAAGCCAGUGUGGAAUCAGAACAGCACGAGGAGAAAGGAUGGAUGGACACAAGGCCAUGUCAAGUAUCCUUCCCUCCACUCCUGGUAAAGGGUGCUGGACACUCCCUUUGGUUGGCGGGCCGGAUAACAGCUAACCUGGAAGAAGCCCAUCGCUGGUUUAAGUGCAGAUUCGAUGGCCUGCAGCUUGAGCUGACGAAAAACCGGUUGCAGAGGCUUCCCCCAGAGGACAGGUGGCUGGAAGAGGUCUGUUCUCUUUCCAACAGGACCAAGGUAAGAAGCAAAACGUUGCAUCCAGCCAGUCUGCUCUACAGCGAUGGGAGAAUAAACAGCGUCUUAAGGUUACGCCCAAGAAAUGUCAUUCUGAACGAGAGAGACCGUGAUGCCCUUGACAGAGGCGCUUCUUCAACAGCUACACCACCGUGAUUUCCGAGCCCCGCCACUGGGUCGGCCUUUUCCACAGGCAUCAGAACACGAUGUCUUUGAUAUGGCUGAAGAGUUUGGACCUGCCUUUAUCUUUUCAGGACUUUCUGUUAUCAGUACAGAACCAUCCCAUCUUUUUUGUCCCUUUCCCUAUUUUACACCCAAUAAACUUAUAUGAAUUUGUUGUAUGCUAGGA